UUUCUUUGUUCAUUACUCCAUAAAGUGAGAAAUGAAGUGGGUUGGAACAUUUUUACAUCGAAGAUGAUGAAGAUGAUCUAAGGCGAACACUCAGACUAAGGAAACUCUGACUCCGGCAGCCGGUGGUAGACCACCGCCGGAAGUCUCCUCUCCUCUCUCCCUCGUUUUUUGUUUGCGUCGUUCUGCUCUCCCGCGCCUCUCCGAUAUGUGAGCAUCUCUGGAGGAUCUUCCAGUGGUUCGGUCUCGCUCGAGAGGGACAUAUCUGCAGGUCUAGUUCUUAUUAUGGAGCUGAAACGAGGUUAUGGUCGGGUUUGAGGUGGAAAAGCGUUGACUUUUUAGGGAUUAGAAGCUCGGUUUUUCAGAUCUGGCGAUUUCGUCGGGUUUGAAGCUUCCGAGAAGCAACAAAAGGUGGUGUUGAGUUACCUUAAUCGGUUUGGUGGUGAGUGGGGUCUAUUUCCUCCGACUGAGCCUCUGUGUUCACGGAGAGGCUUUGCUUCUCAUCGGAUUUGACCUAGGUGACGGUGGUUUAUCCACGGCGUCUUGGUGUGACGGUCUACUCUUUUACGGUCUCAAGUAGGUCUGGAGGGUUCGCUUACCUCGGAGGCGCGUGCGAAGUCAAGAUUUUUGCUGCGUGGUGAUGUCUUGCCUCCGGUCUAGGCAUGUGAUUGUUCGAUGAGCUAGUAUCCACAGUCGUCUAUGGCUGUUGUGAGACUGGUUCUUGCGACCAUUCUGCUUGUUUCUCUUCUCUAAUGGGCUCCUUCAAUCAUUCCUCUUUUCUGGCAGCGACGGUUGUUACAAGGAGUGGGCUCUGCAUUUAACUGGUUCGUGUCUUCGUUUGUCACCGGAGGCUUUUUGAACAGGUUCUGGUACUCUGUCUGUCGGUUCUUGGCAGUGGCAAAUGGCGUGAGCUGAUGUCGUGUCCAAGUGGUAUUUGGCUCGCGUGUGUUCAUUGGUGACUCCAUUUGAGGAGAUAGCACAUCUCAGUACCAAUGAUUUGGUCGCUUGGCCUUCUUGGUAGUGUUAUCCUUAGUACUUGUGUGCAGGUUUUAAGCUGUUUGAUUGUGGUGGUGGUUGCUCUCUCGAUCCGUCUUUGUGUCCUGUUUCUGGUAUUAAAUUGGUUUCAACUUGUUUGGCCCGAAAGUCAGGUAUGAAUGUUAUAUCCAGUCUGCACUUAAAGAGAUUACGGUUGUGUCGGCUAGGAAGAAAGUAGGAUGCGUGAGCUCUCCUACCGAAUUAACUUGGUGCGAUAGCGAUGAUGAAGUUGCGUCUUUAACUUAGAUGUGUGGCCGAUGAAUCAAAACUACUAAACCUAUGGUUAUACUGUCUUUUGCUUAAUUUUUAGUUUGAUUGUAACCUUAAGAUGUUAAUAAAAAUUUCAAUUUAAAAAAAAAGAAAAAAAAAAGUGAAAGCAUAUUUGGCUCAGAUCUUUGAACAAGGGGAGAAAGAAAGAAAAGAUAAUUCCUCAAAAGAAGAAAGAAAAAGAAAAGAAACGUUGGCUGCAGUUAGACGCGCUACGCGCUAAUGUGUAAAAGGAAAAGUACAAAAGAGCCCCUGCCGCUUAAAGAUAGAUCUUCAGGUUCAUUAGUAUCGAAUCAUCCGUCGAUUCCAGCCAUGUCUGCCGUAUAUUGCGGAAGUAAGAGAUCCUACUUCGAAGAUAUUCCCUCUCCUCCCUCUUCAAAGAGGUUCCGAUGUUACUCGCCUUCGGAUUCUCCAAUCUGGUCCUCUCCGCCGUCCUCAUCGCUCGAUCAGCUUCGCACUGCGUUUCCUCACCUUGAACUGACGGUUCUUGUGAAGGCACUAGAAGAACAUGGGAAUGAUUUAUGUGCUGCCACGAGAAGCUUACAUUCGGAGGAGAAGAAAGCUGAAGAAUUGGCCAAUAUGGAGUCUCAUGCCGUUGCUGGUGGAACGUUUACGGCCGAUUCAGACAAUCACCCGGCGAGUGGUGAUGACUGGGUCGGAUUGUUGAUCAGGGAAGUGACACAAUCUACUGGUAUAGAUGAUGCAAAAGUCCGUGCAGCGAAAGUCCUGCAGUCUUUAGAGCAGACGUUAAGCUCACGUGCUCGCGAGGAAGCCGGGAAAAUAUUCCAAGAGGAGAAAGUGGCUGUGCAGCAACAAGUGGAGGACUUGAUGAAAGACAACACAGUGCUGAAACGUGCUGUUGCUAUCCAGCAUGAGCGCCAGAAGGCAUUUGAAGAUGCGAAUCAGCAGCUAGAACUUUUGAAGCAAGUGAUUCCUCAGUACCAGGAAAAGAUCAGAAAUCUGGAGAUGAACAACUACGCAUUGAACUUGCGUCUGCAGCAAGCGGAACAGGGAAACUCUAUGCUGGAAAGAUUCAAUCCCGAUGUCUAUUAAAAGCUGAAACAAGGGGAGGUUAGGAGGAGAAGGCAAUCAUAACAAAAGAACGCAAGUAGAGAAGAGAUUAAAGUAGAAAACAGAAAUGCAUUUGCAUCGUAUUGGCUAUUCUUUUCCUUUAAAUCUCAAAGCGCAUGAAUUGGGAAUGUUUUGUGUUUCGGGCAAUAGGGGGUAAACAUUGUUCUGGAGCAACAAAUAUACUAUAGACAGUAAAUGAUGAUGAAAAGUAUUACAGUGAAAACUUUAUAAAUUAAUUUUUUUGGGA